CUUGAAGUGUUUUUCCUCAUUCUUCAUUGCUUCUCUCACUGCAGUCUGUAUUUCCUUUCCAGCUAAUUAACUAGCUAGCUAGCGAAUUAAGUAAUGGAGGGAAAUGGCGGGUGUUUUCGAAAUUUCUUCCACAGUUCAAAGCCAUACAUUGCUAUGGUUUCUCUGCAAUUCGGCUAUGCCGGAAUGAACAUCAUCACUAAGGUUUCGCUCAAUCGUGGAAUGAGCCACUAUGUGCUUGUUGUUUACAGGCACGCCUUCGCAACUGCCGCUAUUGCUCCAUUUGCUCUUGUUCUUGAGAGGAAAAUAAGACCCAAAAUCACAUUCCCCAUUUUCAUGCAACUUUUUGUACUCGGUCUUCUUGGACCAGUGAUUGAUCAAAACUUCUACUAUGCCGGGCUGAAGUUCACAUCGCCCACCUUCUCUUGUGCCAUGAGUAACAUGCUCCCGGCAAUGACAUUCGUCAUGGCCGUCCUUUGCAGGAUGGAGAGGCUGGACAUGAAGAAGGUUAGAUGCCAAGCGAAGCUGAUAGGCACGAUAGUGACAGUGGCCGGAGCUAUGUUGAUGACGUUGUACAAAGGUAGCAUCAUUAACUUUCCGUGGUCGGCACACUCGGCAAGCUCCAAUAAUGCCUCAAGUGCAAAUAAUAAUGAGGACAAGGACUGGCUCAAGGGAUCCAUUCUGCUCAUCUUGGCCACCUUUGCCUGGGCAUCGUUCUUUAUCAUUCAAGCAGUGACACAGCAAAGGUACCAAGCUCCACUAUCCCUCACCGCUAUCGUCUGCUUCUUGGGUACCCUGCAGUCCAUAGCAGUCACCUUCGUCAUGGAACACAAGCCGGCGGCUUGGACUAUUGGUUGGGACAUGAACCUUCUUGCUGCUGCAUAUGCUGGCAUAGUAUCAUCGAGCCUUGCAUACUACGUUCAAGGACUGGUGAUGCAGAAAACAGGUCCUGUGUUUGUCACCGCUUUCAGCCCUCUUAUGAUGAUCAUUGUUGCUGUCAUGGGUUCUUUCAUUCUUGCCGAGAAGAUCUAUCUCGGAGGUGUUCUUGGUGCUUUACUAAUUGUCAUGGGACUCUACUCGGUUCUAUGGGGCAAGUAUAAGGAGUACAAAGAAAAAGAAGCUGAGAGCUUUAGUAUUCCUCAAGCAAUAAAGGGUGCCACAGCUACAACCGAUUUGCAAGACAUAAAAAUACAAAAGAACACGCAACCUAACCCCAAAGAAUGAAGCACCAAAUUUUAGAAACUUAUAUCCAGGACUCCAAGAGAGCCCUUUCUUUUUAAUUUUGUUUCUGUAGUUGCAUCCUGCAGCUGAUCAAGAGAGGCCUUUCUUUCUUUCUUUUAUUUUUUUGUUUCCUUUAGUGAUUGUCGAACUGUGAUGCAUUUCGUUAUAUUUCGUCUAUGAAAAAUUUCUAUAAAAGGGAAUUCUUCGAUAUUAAAAGGAAA